AAGGACAUGGCGAAAUAGCUGGAUUUCUGAGAGGAGCCGCCGCCACCAGCACCACCGAGUUUGAAUUUACCUAACUACCCCUACUCACUCCUCCACUGACACUCACUCCCCUCUGCCCUUUUCCAGACUCCAAUGGCGGAGUCGGUGGACCAAGUGGUGGAGGAGAUUAUGAGAAUCCACAGAUCCCUCCCUCCGCGGCCGACCGUCGACGAGGUGGAGGCGGCGGAGGCGCUGAUUGAGAAUGUGGACAAGGAGGACCAGGCCAGGCUCGACGCCAUUGCUAAGCAGACCAAGAGCCACAACGUCUCCGAAGAGCUCUUCAUGGUGCUGCAGGAGAUGCAGAAGAACAUGGUCUACUUCCACAGCCGCGAGCAGAAGCAGGAGGCCUUGAAGUUGCUCGAUCUUGAACACCUCCACCAGUUGUUCGACGACUACAUCCAGCGCGCCUCCACCUGCGUCUCGUCGUCGUCGUCGAAUUCCAUUCCCAAGGCGGUGGUGAAGCCUCCGCCGCCGGAUUCGGCUUACGUGUACCGCUCCGACAGACAAGUCGGUAAGGUGAAGGCUAUGGUGAGCAGAGACGACAGUUACGUGACCAGCAAGGCCAAGAAGAGCUUCUACGCCGACGGAAUUGGGCCUGGGCCGGCCACGCCGCAGAUUGCCGACUCGUCUCUCAAGUCCGGCCUCGCUCUUGCUUCAUCUGGAGGUCAAGAGGGUGAGAAAUUGAGUCUAAUUAAGCUAGCGAGUCUAAUCGAAGUCUUGGCCAAGAAAGGAACUAAGGAGGUUAAUCUUCAAAACAAGCUGAAUGACCAAAUUGAGUGGCUGCCGGAUUCGAUAGGGAAGCUUUCAAGUUUGCUCACUCUUGAUUUGUCCGAAAAUCGGCUUUUGGUCCUGCCAUCCACCAUUGGGGGACUUUUGUCCCUGACGAAAUUGGAUUUGCAUUCCAACAGGCUGGCUGAGCUGCCGGACACUAUUGGAGAUCUGUUUAGCCUUGUCCAUCUUGACCUUAGGGCGAAUAAUUUGGCGUCCCUGCCGGCUACAUUUGGUCGAUUGGUGCGGCUUGAGGAGCUGGACUUGAGCUCGAAUAGGCUCGCUGUGCUUCCUGACACAGUUGGGUCGCUUGCUAGUCUUAAGAUAUUGAAUGUCGAGACCAAUGAGAUUGAUGAGAUUCCGCAUAGCAUUGGUCAUUGCACGAAACUCAGAGAGCUCCGUGCUGAUUAUAACAAGCUUAAAGCACUUCCAGAAGCUGUGGGAAAGAUUGAGACACUGGAGAUUUUGUCCGUGCGUUACAAUAACAUCAAGCAGCUGCCCACGACCAUGUCAUCCCUACUGAGCUUGAGGGAACUGAAUGUGAGUUUCAAUGAGCUUGAGUCGGUGCCUGAGAGCUUAUGUUUUGCCACCUCACUGGUCAAGAUGAAUGUAGGAAAUAAUUUUGCUGAUAUGCGGUCGCUGCCAAGGUCCAUUGGGAACCUCGAGAUGCUUGAAGAGUUGGAUAUCAGCAAUAAUCAGAUACGGGUUCUUCCGGACUCUUUCAGGAUGCUCACACGACUACGUGUUCUACGUGUAGAGGAAAACCCUCUUGAAGUGCCUCCUAGAAGUAUAGCUGAGAAGGGAGCUCAAGCUGUUGUCCAAUACAUGGCAGAGCUUGUCGAGAAGAGAGAAGUUAAAGUACAACCAACUAAGCAAAAAAAGAGUUGGGCUCAAAUCUGCUUCGGCUCAAAGUCAAACAAAAGAAAGCGGAAUGAUGUAGAUUAUGUGAAAGCCUGAUUGAUUACAGAAUUGCUGAUAAGUGACAUGACAAUUUCAAUCAAGUAUACCAGGCAACCAGCUGUUAGCAGGCUAGAUGAUUUCAGAGACUAAAUCAACCCUCAUGCUCUUAUGGUUUGGGUGGGUUUCGAAAAUUGCUCCAUUGACUCUUGCAUACCAAAUUGUAUAUCGUUGUCUCCCCUGUUAUUGUUACAUUUUUGUUUUCAUCCAUCUGUAUUCCAAUUGUCCUUCGAGUCAAAUGAGGCGUACAAUUCAGCCGGCGUAUAGGAGAAAAGGAAAGACACUGUACUCUGUAUAUCACCUCCCUUGUUCAUGAUAAAAUCUCAUUGUAUCCCCCUCUCUACCACUUGUAAUAGAAUUUGUUUUGCAUCGAAAUAGAACCUACCUCAUUGAUGUUGUCUGGUAAAUAUUUAUAGAGUUGACUUUGAUGGGA